GGCGAAGGCGGCAACUCCCUCUCUCUCUCUCCCUCUCUCUCUCUCUCAAUCCAGUGUUGUUUUGGGGAAAGAUUGGAGGUUUCGCCUGGCGCGCGUUCUUGGGAUUAGGGUUCUUCGUUGGCGAAUAAUACCCACGCGAGGAUUGCGUACUGGAAAACACCGAAUACACCUUUGUGAUCUUGUAGUGCAACAUCCAUAAAAAAGGCUCUAAUUAUUAGUAUCUUCAGAGCAAAAGAGGGUUUAUCAUGAAAGCUUCUGGCUCUCAGCAUAAAGGUCUUGCAAAAAAAGGUCUUGGUUGCAACAAGUCCAAGAGCCUAAAGAUCACAAAGCAGAAACGGGAGAUCACAGGAAAAAAGAGUUCUGAGUUAGAUGGACAACUUCACACUUCUUCUAUCCAAUUACCUCAGCUGGAGAUUCAGGAUAUGCAAACUAGCUUCCCGGAAGCAGCACCAGGAGAUUUGAAAUUUGUACGAGGACAAUUUCAAGAUUUCAAUGGAAAAGUUAAGCUUCAGCUUUUUCCAAUAGAUGAAGCUACUAGGAAAGCAUUGGAGAAGAAUAAUCACAACCCUUACCUGGAACUAACUUUAACAACUAGAAAAAGAAUCUCUUCAGUGGUGAAGCACCUCAUCUUCAAGUGGGGCAGUUCAAAAUUGGCAUCAGGAGAACUCAUGCUUUUUCCGUACAAUGUUUACCUGGAUAAUUUGGCCAACAGCAUAAGAUGGACUUUAGAAGACUCUGAUGUCACCGCGGCUGAUGUGCAUGCUUCACUUGGUAGCCCUGCCAUGUUUCGUUUAAGAUAUGGUUGGUUCUCCAAUCUUGAGCAAACAGCAUGCCCGACAUCUAUGACAUCACAUUCUUAUGAGGAGCCUAAUAAGAGUUUCGAAAAGCAUAUCACCAGUGGUGAUAAACUGCUUUGUAAGUCGAGCAAAGGACAUGGGCCAUGCCAUAUGGAUGAUUCAGCGAACCAAGCAGUUGAAACACACCUUUUGUUGGAGAAAACUAUCCAAAAUGGGGUUGACCAGAAGAACAAUAGCAGAAGUGUCAAUAUGUCAUGGGUUGAUUGCCUAUCUAACAUGAGCUUUGGUGCUAUAUUAUCUGAAGUGUCGGAAACUCCUGUCAACCUUUGCCAUCCAUUACCUGCUCCAAAUUCUAGUCUUCAGCAGAUCCCUAUGACCUGUGAUUCAUUUGAUGCUGCUAUUGCUUCCGUUAUGGCCCGUCAUCAACCCUCAAAUCCAUCAAACCGGUUGAUCCAUACAUCCAUCUUGGAAGCAGAAGAAACAUGCCAUGCAUUUCCAUUUGCAAAGGUUGCUUCUUCUAGUCAUAAUCAUCCAGCUUCAACUAGAGAUCCUCCUGCCACAGAGAACUGUAGCGAUAUGCUAGGCCCUCAGGUGGGGCAGGCAUCACUAAACAAUAUUUGCCCUAUACCAGUAACAGUUGAUGCAUGUUCGGAACCCAAAUCUCAUUCAGAAGAUUCACUUAAUGGCGGCAACCAAUUUGCAGGGAUGAACCUCAGUCCGCCUGAUUCCCUAGGUCCCUUGGAGUACGUUGCCCCUUGCUCUAGAGAGAUGAAUGAUGGGGAAACUAUUGAUCUUGGCGGAUUGAUUACAAGCAGCAUGGAUGCAUUUCAAAACUUUUCAAUUUUCUGAUCUGGAGACCUGAUAGUUUUUCCCUUCUAGUUUUUCCCAUCUGUCUAUUGCAGACAGACAGAAUGUUGCCAGCAGAUGUUUUGGUCUUCGAUUCCGUAAUUGCCAUGGCCUGUAGAAAGAUAAGAAUGCAAGCUUUGUGACAGCACAUCUAAUAUGAGAUGACCUUCUGACAUAUGAUGUCCACUACUAAAAUGCUAAACUCCAGGAUGGAACUUUGUACAUCUACAGCACUCGAAAUCUCACUGAUUUCCAUGUCUAAUCAGCAUCCCUUAUUGUUCAUUUAACUGAACUAGCAUUUAUGUGUAAUUGUCAGGAAAUGAUUCGGAGAUCUGAUUACGACUUGUAUCUAAGUUUUGUGGUUUGUUGGAACUGUGUUCAAGUACAGGAAUCACAAAAAUGUAUUGUGGCAAUUCAAAUGGUUUGGUAACCAUUGUUUUCUUCUUUCACCUGCAAGAUAAAAAAAAUAUGUAAAAGUAAGAUGUUAGUUUGAAAGUUACCUAUUUGGGUUUCAGUAUUUUUUCUUUUACUUUUUGGAUUACUGUGUUAGAUGAUUUGGACAAGCUUGUCCUAAUUGAUUAAAUUAUACAGAAAUCAACGUUGAUAGCUAUAUAAAAUCAAAUUAGUUUUUUUUCCUUUUAUUUCAUUUGUUAUGGUACGAUCCGAUGGAUCGGAUCAACCAACGAAUCAAUUUAUCGAUCCUGAAUCAUUGGUCAACAACGCUGUCGAAGUUUGACUUAUUGGAUUCAAAACAAGGCACGUUAGAUCCGACCGCAAUUAGAUUGCGUGGUGCAAGCCAACCAGUGUCCGUGGCGAAGCAUCAUCCACCCAUAUUCCUGCAGCCGUCGCCAAAUCGUCAGCUGAGAUAUCUAAACACCAGCCGUCUAAUAACACCUGUUAGAGAAUCACAGGUCAAAACGUCACUCACAAGUGCUCAUCCCGAGAUCGUCACACAGCUUCGGAGGGAUAGAGGUUGCAUCAUGGACUGCAGGUCGAAGCUCCAGAGGCAGAGAUCUUGCGCGUGCCUGCCGCUCGACGUCGGCAACCGGUGCAGCAGCCGCCGUGGGACGGCCAGGUUCACCCGGUUCCUCGCCGACGACGAGCUCGACCCGUGGGAAGGCCGGUCGUCAUCUCCGUCGACCGUGACGGGGCUACGGGGCCUGUGGAGGAGGAUGAUGGCGGAGAGGUGCAAGGCGUCGGGAUCCGCCGCGGCGGCGGCGCGAACGCGUGUUCCUUAUGAUGCCCACACUUAUGCGCAGAAUUUUGACGAAGGGUCAACGUGGGCCGAGCCGGAGAGCUCGUCUCGGUCCUUCUCGGCGAGGUUCGCCGUUCCGUCAAUCAUGUUGCAGGGGACGAGCUGAUCUCAGAUCAUUUGCAAACCAUAUGUCAACCGAGGGGCGUCAAUUGGUUGCUUGAAACUACGAUGUACAUCUACCUAUCUAAUGUAUUCGACAUGCCACAGUAUCAUCACAUCUAAAGAAAUAUUUCGUAUGGUUGCAGAA